AUGGCAGAGUCAAUUUCUGCUGAUUCUGACUUACUGUUCUAUCUAGAGAAUCUCAUUAAUAAGGAAUUCCAUGGUUUUAAGUAGUAUCUUGCAAAAGAACUUAAGGAGCUUGGAUUUUACAUGAUGGAUACAUCACCACCAAAACACCUUAAGGUGUUCCUGGCUGGAGAUAAAUCAUCCAGAAAAACAAUGCUUAUAAAACUGGUAGUUUCCUGGGGGUGCUUGGUUAAGCUGAUCUCUAAGAACUGGCCCAAUAGCCAGGCUCCUGUGGCUGAUAUCCUGUCUGAUCCCAAGAAAUUCCUGUUCGUCCUUGAGGACUUAGACAACAUAAAUAUUACCUUAAGUAUAGAGGAAUCUGCUUUGUGUAUUUACAGCAUGCAGCAGGUGUCAGCAUCAGUGCUCCUGGUCAGUUUGCUGAAGAGAAAAAUGACUCCUGGUUCCUUAUUCCUUAUCUCAUCAAGGCCCAAUCAGGCUGCCAUGAUGGCAUUAAAGAAGGACACAGGUCUGUCUGUGAGGCUGUAGUUCUCUGAUGUAAAGAGACAGAAGUGUUUUACUCCAUUUUUUGAAGACAUGGACAGGGCUACAAAGGCCCUCAAACUUGUGCAGGAGAAUGAUAUGCUUGUGUAUCUGUGUGGAGUCCCUUUCAUAUACUGGAUCACUUGCAGUGCAAUGGGUCAGGUGAUGGACAAGAGGGGUGACAUCAGACUCACGUGAAAAACACACACGGAUAUAUUGGCCCAUUUUCUUGCCAAUACAUUGGCAUCUGAGGCUGGUUUGACCAUUAAACAGCAUUUAGUCUACCUGGAACACCUGUGUUCAUUGGCUUCAGAAGGACUGAUUCAUGGCACACUGGAUUUUAGUAAUGGGGAACUCAGAAGUGUUGGGUUUACCAGGGCUGCUGUCUGUGUGCUGCAGCCCAUGAAGAUUCUUAUGAAGAGUGGCAAAUAUAAAGACCAUUACACAUUCAUAGAUUUGAGUGUCCAGGAGUUUUGUGCAGCCAUAGGGUAUAUGAUAUUAUCUGAGUGCCAGUUUCCCAUAGCUAGUAAAAAAGAUAAAGACAGAAAGGAAACAUACAAUGAUUUUAAAUCAAUACUAAAUUUCAUUUUUGGUCUUCUUAAUGAGGAGAGAAGGAAAAUUCUUGAGAGAGCCUUUGGUUGUAAACUAUUAAUAGAGGACAUCAUGCAGUAAUUUCUAUAGCAAAUAAAAUAUUUAGAUAGUUAUCCAGGGUACAUCAUACACCAUCUACCUUUGUUUCACUCCCUCUUUGAGAAUCAGGAGGGAUUCAUGAAGCACAUAAUGGACAUUUUUUUAGAAGCUAUGAUUUUUAUUCAAGAAAACAAACAUCUGUUAGUUUUGUUAUAUUGUCUGAAGCACUGCCACAUUCUAGAGAAACUUAGUCAAAUGUGGAGCCUCAUCUUUUGGAGAGAGAUCUGUUCUCUACUCCAUGAUUGGGAGAAACCCCAGGAGCUGGAAAUCUGUGACAUUGACCCUGACAACACUUCAGAAAGGAUCCUGUGUAAAGCACUGGGGCAUCCCAGCUGUCAACUCCAAACACCCAAGCCAACACAUUUCCCUGAAAAUUCCAGAUUUGAAGACCUGUUCAAGGCUAUUAUUCAUAGCCAGAGCCUGAUGCACUUGAGUCUGAAUUGCACACCCAUUUCCCAAAUGACAUUUUCACUUUUGGAUGAGGUCUUGGAAAAUCCAAUGUGCAACAUGCAUCUGAGCUUGAUGAAAUGUGAAUUGAAAGCUAGUGAGCAUGAAGAAAUAGCUUUGCUCCUCAUCAGCAAAAAGAAGCUGAAACAGCUGACCUUGUCCAACAAUCCACAGAGUAAUGGUGGGGUGAAAACACUGUGUGAUGUUUUGCUCCAUACUGAGUGUAUUCUUGAGUCACUGGUGUUAUUUUUCUGUUGUCUCACCAAAACUUGUCACACCUCCAUUGGGAGAGUUCUCAUUCUCAGCAAAACCCUAAAACACUUGGAUUUAAGUGUGAAUUACCUACAAGAUCAUGGAAUACUAGUUUUGACUUUGCCCUUGAUGUUAGCAACCUGUAAAUUACAGGAGCUCAAACUAUCUGGUUGUAUUUUUAGCAGUUAUGUCUGUAGAGAAAUUGCCUUGGCUAUUACUAAUAGUAAAAACCUGAGGAGCCUGGAGCUUGGAAACAAUAAUGUAGGGAAUGCAGGGGAGGAGCUGAAUGAGUUGGGUGAUGAAGGAAUUGUGCAACUCCUUGAGGCUUUGAAACACCCAAAUUGUAUACUUCAGACAGUUGGGCUUCAGAAUAGUGAUGUCAGUGCAGAAACACUGAAGUUGCUGAUGGCUUUGAAACAGAAAAAUAUAAGGCUAGUCUCUGUGAAUCAAUCUUGUGCUGAUAAGGAACGGAGAAAUUUCAGUCAACAGUUUGAUUAUUUAAGUCUUUCUCAGUCAGACUCAACAAUAAGUAGCCUUACUUCACAUUUAAUCUCUUUCAAAAUGUCCAGGAAGAUUAGACAAAUGGGAAGGUCAAUUAUAGUUUCUGGGAGAGAUGUCAGAAGAGAUCACUAA